AUGCGCCACUCUUUCGUUGUUGUUGCGUUUGCUCUCGUGCACGGUGCCGCUGCCCAGCAGAUUCAGGACGUCUGGCAAACUACCUGGGACAGGUCCUCCUUGAUCGCGUCCAUGCCCCCUGCCAGUGCUAUUGCAUUCGGGACUCCUGGAGCGGCCGCGGCUGCAGACAUCCAAGUCGAUGACACCCAAGUUUACCAGACGAUCCAGGGCUUUGGCGCGACACUGACGGACUCUUCAGCUAAAUUGCUGGACGGCCUGAAGACGGACAACUCCGAUGAGUAUUGGAAGCUCAUGGACUACAUGUUCAGUAGUGAGAUCAGCUUGCUUGCUGCUCAAGCAAUCUCACCGCCGAUGGUGCCAAUUCCGAAUGCUGCACUGUCUUACGUCCGAGUUCCCCUCGGUGCUUCGGACUUCUCCGCCUCAGUUUCGACGAUACAGCCGGCGACACAGGCUUGUCGGAUUAACUUCACCAUCGACGCCGCACCAGCUUACCUCUUCUCGACGCUCACCGAUAUCAUGUCGGUAAACAGCGCGGUGAGGUUCCAUUUAGUGCCGUGGUCUCUACUGGCUUGGAUGAAGACUCCAGCAAACGCCGAUGGGGGCUCGUUGAUGCGGAUGUCAACGAUUACGCACAGUUCAUUGUUGAUGCACGUUGAUGCUCUGACUGGAUUCCAGGGCAAGAACAUCACUGUAUUUGCUGUCGGCAUCCAGAACGAACCAGAGAACUCGGACACCACGUACCCGAGCACAAGCAUGCCUGUCGCCACCGAGGCCGCUGUCGGCGAGGCGCUCAGGCCGCUGAUGAACAGUGCGGGCUUCACCGAAAACAGAUCCAUACAAAUCUAG